AUGAUGAACGUCCUCCGGUCCAUGUUUGGGGUCUGCAGCAGCUCAGCUGAAAAGGGAGAGGUCCAUGAUAUGAUAAAGAAGAUAUUUGGUAGUGACCUGGUCAUGAAGGAUAAUACUGACAGACAUAAUCAAAGGACGAAAUACGUGAGCCAUGUCAGAGAUAACCUUCCAAAGAUGUUGGACGCAAAAAUACUUAACACUAAACUUAAAACGAAAAAGAAUACACAAGCUGUUACAGAGGGUACAGAGUCUACGGACGAUAGACCGGGUAGAAUCGGUCCUAAAAUUGUUGUUUUUGACGCAUCUACAGGAACAGGUCGGCUGGUGUUGGUAGGUGAUGAGAGAGUGAGCGUACAAGGGCUGUCUAGUUUUGCCACUAUUAAGGCAACGGCCUGCGUCUACGCUGGGAAGUGGAUGUAUGAGGUUCAACUCGGAACUAAAGGAAUUAUGCAGGUCGGUUGGUGCACGGCAGCAUGUUCAUUCUCAAUGGACACAGGCGUGGGUGACACCGCGAAUUCAUACGGUUACGAUGGAGGCCGAGUGCGCAAGUGGAAUGUGGCUACCACACCGUAUGGUUAUGCAUGGCUACCCGGUGACGUCAUCGCCUCCUGUAUUGACCUGGAUAAGGGAACCCUGGAGUAUUACAGAAAUGGCGUUUCUCUGGGAAUGGCGUUCGAUAAGGUGACACAUGGAACGGGUUUGGCCUAUUUCCCUGCUGUGUCCCUGGCCAUGCAGGAACAUUUAUAUGCGAAUUUUGGACAUGUACCGUUUGUAUUUCCAAUAGAAGGGUUUGCUCCGCUCCAAGCGGCACCAGAACGCGAUUGCGCAAAAGCCGCCAUCUUGUUUCGAUCCGUUGACGCUUUAUUAAAUGAACUAACACACUUGUCUGAUCUAAAACCAAACGCUAGCGCAAAGACUAGCAAGACUAAAUCAAAUUCGUCGAAGGUGGAAGAGGAAGUAGCUCUCCGUAUCCACAGCUCCAACUCUGUGUACUCACCCCGGUCCUCACCUCACAAUAUGGAUGUUCAGGGGACUGAUAUGAAGAAAAUGUCGAAGAAAGCCUUCCUUAUGUCCCUGGCUCGCCUGGUUGUGAUAGAACUUGGCUCUGUUCUGAAGCAGUCCUACGUGGUUGUAUCUGAAUUGCUGCCCAGGUUCAGAGUGGUUCUGGGGUUAAAUGUUAAAGGAUUCACACCAGAACAGCAUGCUGUUGAUUUCUUUUCUAAAAUGAGAGAGCGUGGUUUUAGUGGAUUAUCUGAAAAGUUCCUAGAUCAGCCUCAGCCACGGCUUUGCAUGUUAUUGGAAUUGUUGUGGACAUUUCUCGACGAAGCCGCUUUGUGUGACAUCCUGGAACAUUGCGUUGUGCGGGAGUGCCUUAUGUUCGACAUGGUGUCGCCGGAUAUGAAUUUCACGCAGCAGAUCGAAGGUAUCUAUGUACUGUGUGGUCUAAUGCAGCACCGGGAAACCAGACACCAUUUAGUUAAAUAUGUGUUCUUCAACAAAAUUACAUUUGACAACUUCAUGAAUAUUAAGUGCCCAGACGAUAAUGUUCUGAAGACGGUGAUUCGCAAGUCUUGGUGGCAAAGACCCACUCCUGUUCAAGGAGAGACCGAUCCUAGAAUUGCUGAGAUGACGGAGAAAGGUGUAAUAGGCCGGAGUACUUUUUCUCAUAAUGAUACUGAAAAAAUGUCUAAAUUACGAGCGUCCACAAAGGAUGAUGCACAACUUGAAGCUGAAUAUCGUGAAGAUUGUGAUAAAAUUACUAAGGCCAUUGCCCCAUUGGAACGAGUUCAGUUGGAGUUUCUUCUUAUGUUGUUGGAUAACUCUGACGGCACAACCAUGGUCCCGUCAACGAGGAAGAUCUUUUUGGAAAAAUUCCGAAGAUAUAUAAUGGACAACUGCAUUUUAGAUAUGGAGCAUUUCUUGCAGCGAUUGUUUAAUGUCUCCCGAAAUUCUCCCGCCAUUUCGUGGUGCUGUCAUGCGCGACUACUGACAGCUGUCAUGCGGUUGUGGCAGGAGAACCCACUUGGAAAUCCAAAUGCUCCACCCCAUAUCCCUCCACGUACCUUUAUCGAUGGCGAACUCGACUUCUACAAUGUGGACCGAUUAGGGGGUGUCUUACCAUUUCUAGUCAGGACUUUACGCCAAGAUCUGAUAAAUAUGUUGGGUGAGGAUAAUCCAUUUGUACAAAGUUUUGAACCAAAUUAUAACCGCGCUGGUGGAAUUGAUACAGGAGUCAGUGAAAUGGCUGCUGGGUCACCAGGUUUGGCCACCCUUCCCCAAGUGAUAUCUUCAAUGGCUCGAUUUAUGAACGGGGCUUUACCUCCAAUACCCAAUAGAACAACUGGUGAAACAGCCCUCGCUCUCAAAGGUGCAAGAUCCAUGAUGCCUGGUGCGGGUUCCAUUGAAGUAAGAUCUGCUUAUCUCCGUCUUCUUGACGGACUACUUGCCUUAUACCACGGGACUGCCAUCAAACAUGCUGAAAAGCUAUGUGAGCUACGAGAUAACCAGUUGGAUUUGGCUGAUUGUCUUCAUGAUAUUGAACAGAGGAUGCAAGCUGUAUCCGUGGAACUUCAAUCUAGUGGAGGUGCAAACGGGGUACUUUCGGAGCAAGAAAAAACGAGAAAGCUGUUAAUGGAGAAAAUUUUUAAAGAGUUGGAUAGGUCGAAAGCAGUUUAUGUGGAGAAGUUGGAAUCAAGUGCCCUACAAAUGGGAUGGGUUAUUGGCGCAAUCUGGACCAAACAAAGACAACAGGAAUUAGCCAAGCAUUUUACUGGAACACUGCAUUCGUUGAGGCUUGCUUCGGACCCAGAUUAUGCGAGCAUGCAGGUAGCAAGUAAGGAGAUACUGCCAGGAAAAAGCUCCUUAUUGGGGAAAAGUAGUUAUGAAUCACUUCAACUUGAAUAUACUUCUAGCUCUGAUCAAAGCCCGCUGAGCCCGCCAUCUAGAACGGAAACUCCACAAGCUGUGUCACAUUCUCAACUAGAUGACCGCAUGACCGGGAGGCAGGAGUUUGCGGAGUCUCUGUUCGCGUUCAUACCUGACUACCACGUGGACGCUAUGUUGGAACUUUGCAAUACAUUGCGCCUGUACAUGCAUCCUACUGUGCCUAUACAUCAGAUUUCCGAAUGGGACGACCUAGUGGUAUCAUGCGCGGCAUUCCUCUGCUCUGAGUUUGCAGACUCGCGCAUCGUCUUGGCCAGCACUCGUGAAUCGUUAGUACAAACUCUGGCCUCUUUUGCCACCCAACCCGCCACUAUGAGGGCGAUUGAGAGGGUACCGCUCAAACAACAAAUGGCGAUGAUUGAAGAACUAGUACGUCCAUAUCAGAAUCGUGCCUGGGCUCAAUCCAACUGGGUGCUUGUACGGUUCUGGCACGGGUCCGGAUUCGGUUUCCGUCACAGACAGUGGCCGCACUUAGCUGCCAGAUACGGAGAUCGAGAACCAACAGUUAACAAUCUUGGUGCUAAAGUCGAUGCAGGGCUGAUGAGUCAGUGUUUUGGCCCAUGUCCAUCUGAAGUAAUACAAAGUAGAAUCAGAGAUUACCUAUCAACACAUCCGAAGCAAGCUGCAUUGUUUUUAAAUUCUCUUCUGAGCCAAUUAAAUUGGGCGUUUUCAGAGUUCUUUACUAUGAUGCAAGAGAUGGACAGAAUUCAAAUAGAUACCCACCUAGAACCACGGCAAAUAAAGCUCUGUGCUACUUGCUUCGAUCUUUACCAUGGAUUGGCACGCGCUUUGGAGAUGACCAUGUGUUUAGCACCAAUGCUGCUAACAAAGGCGGAGGCAAGCGAUGGCCAGAACGAUCUGUUACUCGGACGAACUUGUCAAAUUCUAAUGGCAGUUGUUUCGCGUAUUUGCGUACGUGGAGGGGGAAGUGGGGGGUUCAGUAGGCUUGUAUCCCGAGGUCUACCCGAUACAGAUAGGGUCCAUUAUUACGUUGCGCUUGCUCCAGUUGCUGGGUGUAUAGUGAAGAUUUUAGACCCGAAGUUGCCAGUUGAGCAUCUGACUAAAGCAAAAACAUCCCUCAUCACUGAACCAUUGUUUCGUAUCGAUGGUAUGGAGUUCAUGAUCUCCAAGAACAAUAAGCAGUUCUCCUUCUAUAAAUUUCCAGAUGAUAUAACGAAAGAAGAGCUAAAAGCACUAGAAGCAGCGAUAGACCAAUUACGCACAGCCCGUGAUAACUACUUGAAGACCAGAUCGCCUGGCUCCAGUGGAGCGCAGUCAGAUCUUCUUUGUACUAUUUGCUAUGCCCGACCGGCGGAUACAGCCUUUGUACCAUGUGGACAUCACUCUUGCAGAGCCUGCAUAAUGCAACAUCUACUCAACAGCAAGCUGUGCUUCUUUUGUAAGGCUGAUAUUGACACUGUGCGCGAAAUCGAAGUAGUAAACAACUGA